CAUCUCUUCAUUACCAGUUCUGCAGAAGUGAAAUGCUCCCUCUGUGUUGUGGGGAUUCAGGCGCUGGCUGAGAUGAACCGGUGGAGAGAAGUUCUGUCUUGGGUUCUACAGUAUUACCAUGUCCCUGAGCAUCUGCCUCCAAAAGUUCUGGAGCUGUGUAUCCUGUUGUACAGCAAAGUGAGAGAGCCUCAGGUGAUGCUGGAGGUUGGCAGUAGCUGGCUGAGAGACCAAACCAAUAAGAGCCUCCCCGAGUACAGUUCAUUGCUGGAGCUCUAUCUGUUGCAUGUGUUGCUUCCGCUUGGCCGCUUUGAGGGGGCAGAAGAGCUUGUACGUGGCUGUGAUGUUUUUGACAGCGAGCAGCAGCUAGCAUUUCUCGGGACCAUUUGUGAAAGCCGAUGUCAGUGGGCUCAACAGGAAGAGAUGCACUCAGCUGCUGAAGAGCAGCAAGACGCAGCAACAGAGACUGUUUUGGGUAAUCUGUCCCAAAAGCUCUUGACCAUGUUGACAUUGCUACGUAGAGCACUGAGGUCCAUGUCAAGCCACUUCUAUUUACUUCCUUACAAAAAGAUGCUCUUGGCUACUUUUCUGCUGUACCUGGUGGUGGUGAGAUUAGACCCAGGUACACUCUUCCGACAGGCUUGGGCAGCUGUAUUUUCUCCAAUCCAUAGGCCUCCAAUUCGAGACUAG